AUAAAGGAGAGACAUUAGAUUGAACGAGUAAAAUAAAAACCCUAAUUGUGCUAAAGAGAAGAAGAAUCGAGAAGAUAAACCCCUAAAAGUUUUCUCCUUUAAUCAAUCAAAUCCAAUCCACACAGAUGUUUCACCGGCUCUGUUCCUCUCUCUCUCGCUCCUCCUCCAUCAUCACCACCUUCCCCAAAUCCAUAAAGUCUCCUCCUUUUCCUUUCCCUCGCUCCCUCCGUCGCGCUGCUCCCACUACUCUCUCCUUCUCCUCCUUCAAAAUGUCCGACAACCAACCACCAAUCCCAUCUCCGACAAAACAAGAAACCCUCCGCUCUCUCGAGUUCCACCUCGGCUCCCCCUUCACACCCGACCCCAUCGUCCCUCCUCCUAAUCAACUCAUCAUCGUCAUCUCCGGGCCAAGCGGAGUCGGCAAAGACGCGGUGAUCAACAAGCUCCGAGAAUCCCGCGAACGCCUCCAUUUCGUCGUCACAGCCACCACCCGACCAAUGCGCCCCGGGGAAGUCGACGGGAAAGACUACUUCUUCGUCACCAGAGAGAGCUUCUUAUCAAUGGCCGAGAACGACGAGCUUCUCGAGUACGCUCUGGUCUACGGAGAGUACAAAGGGAUCCCCAAGAAGCAGAUCCGGGAGUCAAUGUCCGGAGGGGAAGACGUCGUGCUCAGAGUCGACAUUCAGGGAGCUCAGACGCUGAGGAGGAUACUCGGUAACUCAGCUGUGUUUGUUUUCCUCGUGGCGGAGAGCGAGGCCGCGAUGGUUGAGAGGUUGGUCGAUAGGAAGACGGAGAGCCAGGAGGAGUUGCUUGUGAGAGUGGCGACGGCGAGGGAAGAGGUUAGGCAUUUGAAGAGCUUUGAUUACGUCGUGGUGAAUGCCCAAGGGAGGCUUGAUGAGGCGGUGAGGCGCGUGGAAGCUAUUAUCGACGCGGAGAAGUCGAGAGUUCACCAGAGGGUUGUCAGGAUUUGAUGGUGUGUGUGUGUGCGAAGGUAUCGAUUCCCUGUGGCACAUCUCGCUCGUUGUCUUCUGAUACGGUUUCAUCACAGUAACAAUCAAUUUUGGGUAUCUGAAUGCGCAUUUCAUUCUAAGGCAAAUGAAAAUUCUGGUGAAUCCUCUGCUGUGUUUACAAAGGAUUGUUUUUUUUUUUUUGCUUAAUUUAUGGUAUUUUUUACACUUUUUACAUGGAUAGAUUAUGUUAAUGAUAAUCCUCACAAUUUGGUUACAUCAUGUUACUUAAAUGUUCUUGAUCA